CAGUUGGCUCGGGAACCGACAGGGGGCGCGCGCGAUCGGGCGUUAGGCGGUGGCCGCCGAGCUGCGAGAGGGCGAGGAGAGAUGGCUCAUGGCAACCCCGUGCCUAAAUUCUACAAAUCGGUUAUCGACGAUGUGAUUGAAGUUGUCCAGGAUGUCUUUGCGGAAGAAGGGGUCGAUGAGCAGGUCCUGAAAGAGCUGAAGCGGCGCUGGGAAACGAAAGUGAUGCAGUCCAAAGCGACGGAAAGCUUCUUCCGCCACAGCCACCUUCCUCCCCAGUUCACCUUGCACCUGCCUCCCAACUUCCACCAAGCCCUGCAGACGACAACAGGUGCUGCUGCUGGCAGAGGAAUUCAACAGUUUGCUACGACAGCAGCGUCGGCGGCCGAACUUGGCAGCUCCAGGUCUGCCGGUACAAUCUUCACCCUGCCUUCGGGCUUCGCCUAUCCCAUCCAAAUACCCGCUGGCGUGACUCUGCAGACGGCUUCUGGGCAGCUGUAUAAAGUCAACAUGCCGGUGGUGGUCACCCAGGCCCCGGGAGGUGCAACUGUCCUCCAGAAUCCAGUCCAGCAAAUAUUCCAACAGCUUGGGCGGCAGCCCUCAGGAGCUCAGCCUGCUGCCGCUGGUGCUAUGCCGGUGAACGCCUCUUCUCAUCAGGCACCCAGUGAAAACCUGCAGGCCCUGAAUCCUGCUGUAUCUCAGCAAGUGGGAAUGGAAGAGAAGACCUUGCCUGCUGCUGCUGCUGUCAUGCAGGAGGCUAUUGGGAGUCAUGGGAAAGCUGCAGUGGGAGCUCUGGUAAGAGAGCAACCAACCAGCUCUCUGGAGACCCUUCCAAAUGCAGUUGUUCUUGACUUGAAAUUAUCGGAAGCACGCUGCCCUACAGUGGCCACAGAAGCGACGGCAGGAAGCUCUCCCAAUGGGUCAGAAUUGCCAGUCGAUCUUGAGCAGCCACUGGAUCCCAAUGAUAUAAUUGAGCUGAUAAUUAUGGGCAACGAGUUGGACGACAGCACUCUCCUGUCUGAUGAAGCCAACCUCUCUUUUUCUGAAGAGCUAGAGACUAGCGUGCAGAUGGAAGCUGAUCUGCAGACCCAGAAGGAUAUUGCCAAUAAUAUUGAAGAGAUAAUUCAGCUGGAUGGAACAGGUGAUGUUUCUCCCAAGGUAGAAAUAGAAAGCCCAAGAGAUGGAGAAGAUGAGGAUCUUGUGGGCAUCAUUGAUGCUGAAGAUCUGAAGGUCCUGGAUGAGGAAGAGGAAGAAGACGGUGAAAACAGUACCUCAGACAAUCAAUCUCUUAGCAGCAGUAGUGAUGUGGAUGAACCCUCGGUUGACAUAAUUGAGGAGGAUCCUUUAAAUUCUGGGGACGAUGUCAGUGAGCAGGAGACACCAGAUGUAUUUGACACCGAUAACAUAAUUGUAUGCCAGUAUGACAAGGUUCAGCGGAGUAAGAACAGAUGGAAGUUCUACUUGAAAGACGGUGUGAUGUGCUUUGGGGGAAAGGACUAUGUUUUUUCCAAAGCCAUUGGAGAUGCAGAAUGGUGAAAUGUACAAAAAUAUCCAGAGUGUUUUUGGUUUUUUGUGUGCAACGUUCAGUAAGAAUAUACUGAAAUGCUUGCCUUCCGAAAUGUGAAAUACAGCAAUGUGAAAAGAGACUUCAUAUGAAAAACACAUGUAAAAAAUGAAUAAAUCCU